AUGGAUAACGUUGAUACGCUCAACCACUCUCGGCAAUUUCCUCAACAAAGCCCUGGCGUACUCGGAUUUGUAUAUCCGCCCACAACCUGCUUGCAACCACGACAUCAACGACCACAGGAAAUGGGUGCUGUGAGAGUUAUUAAGAACAAAGCUUUCUUCAAACGUUUCCAAGUGAAACACAAGCGACGUCGUCAAGGCAAAACCGAUUACUACGCAAGAACUCGAUUGACCAAGCAGGACAAGAACAAAUACAACACUCCGAAGUAUCGUCUCGUGGCUCGUUUCACGAACAAGGACAUUGUUGCGCAGAUUGCUUACUCAAAGAUAGAAGGAGAUGUGAUUGUCACAGCAGCAUAUUCGCAUGAGCUUCCGAACUAUGGGAUUAAGGUUGGCCUAACAAACUACGCCGCUGCAUACGCCACUGGUCUCCUCCUUGCUCGUCGUCAUUUGAAAAACUUACAACUUGACAAAACAUUCAGAGGACAAGAUGAUGUGAACGGCGAGUACUUCGUUGUUGAAGAAGAAAACGGUCGUAGACCGUUUAAAGCUGUGUUAGAUGUGGGAUUAUCUAGAACGACUACUGGCUGCAAAAUUUUUGGGGUCAUGAAAGGAGUGGUUGAUGGUGGUAUCGAUAUUCCCCACAGUGAGACCCGUUUUUUUGGCUAUGAUUCCGAAACGAAGAAAUACGACGCAGAAGCACAUCGAGACCGCAUUUUCGGAAAGCAUGUGGCUGACUAUAUGCGAUUGCUCAGAGAAGAAGAUGAGGAAGCGUACAAACGCCAAUUUUCCCAGUUCAUUGUCAAUGGUGUUGAGCCCGAUGAUCUGGAGCAGAUGUACAAGAAUGCUCACGAUGCGAUCCGCCGUAAUCCGGAUCACAUUGCGAAGCCAAAGAAAACUAUCAGGAAACCUAAGAGCUAUCGCAAACACAAGAUCAGUUUGAACGAAAGAAAGAAGCGCAUUGAGGAAAAGAAACAGCUUUUGUUGCAGCUCAAGGAGCAACAGAAUGCUACAUCGUAG